CUUCAAAGUAAUAAAUCUUAUUUCUGACUGGCUGGCGGCCCACCAAAGUCCUUAUCACAUUCUAAGAAGUGAUCCCUCACUCUUCAGAUGGUCCAAGGAUAUCUCACGGAGAAGGAGCGCACGAGGGAAAGCUUUUUUCUGCUCAAAGAUAUUUUCGGUUGUUGUGAAGUCUCUGAAAACAUUUUUUUUUGAGAUUUUGAAAAAAGAGAAAGGAAGGAAAACAACAAGAGGAGAAGUUGGUCAUGGCAGCAGUGGCUGUACUGCGGAAUGACACGCUGCAGGCGUUUCUCCAGGAUCGCACCCCCAACUCCUCUCCGGAGACCACCAAACACUCCCCACUGGCGCUGCUGGCCGCCACCUGCAACAGGAUCGGUCACCACCACCACGGAUCGGGAACCGGCGACUUCCUGCAGGUGCAGUACGACACGACCCUCGGCUCGCCGUCGCGCAUCUUCCACCCGUGGAGUAACGAAGGGACGCCGCAGUCCGGUCUCUCCGGCAACUCCGCUCUCGGACUAUCGCCCAAGUCUCAGCUGUCCGCGCACAUCCAGUCCUCCUUCGCCCCCCACCACGAACUGCCCCUCACCCCUCCGGCGGACCCCACCUAUCCGUAUGACUUCUCUCCGGUGAAGAUGAUGCCAUGUUCCAUGCAGUCGCUGCAAUCGAGCUGCCCACCCACGUACGUCCCCGCUGUUACCUACGCAGCGCCCACCCCCAUGCCCCCCGCCAUGCCCGCCUUCGUCCCCGCACACUCCGGCCUUAUCCACCAGCAGCCCCGGCAACUGUCCCCGCACCCGGGGGAGGACAUUCCGUGGUGGAGCCUCCAGCAGGGCAACGCGGUGGGCCACCCGUCGUCGCUCGGAUCCCACCGAUUCCCUCUGCAGAGGAGUUUGGUGCUGGGACACUCGGAUUUUGCGCAGUACCAGACUCAGCUGGCCGCCCUGCUGCACACCAAGUCGCCCCUGGCCACCGCCCGCAGGUGCCGCAGGUGCCGCUGUCCCAACUGCCAGUCGUCGAGCUCCAGCAGCGAGGAGCCCGGCAAGAAGAAGCAGCACAUCUGCCACAUCCCGGGCUGCGGGAAGGUCUACGGCAAAACGUCGCACCUGAAGGCGCACCUGCGCUGGCACUCCGGCGAGAGACCCUUCGUGUGUAACUGGCUCUUCUGCGGAAAGAGCUUCACGAGGUCGGACGAGCUGCAGAGACACCUGCGGACACACACCGGGGAGAAGAGGUUCGUGUGUCCGGACUGCUGCAAGCGCUUCAUGCGGAGCGACCACCUGGCGAAACACGUGAAAACGCACCAGAACAAAAAGAGCAAAGUGCAGGACAAGAGCGUGGAGCACGUGAAGAGGGAAAACACGAGGAGCAUGUAGCGUGGAUGGUGGCAAGAAAAGGAGCAGGCUAGUAUGUGUGCAAUACGAAUAUAUGUCCCUCCCUAACUAAGUUCUCCACGGACACGUUGCAGAGACAGGAGGAACUAAGUAAGUGACUCGCUGGAAUAUGGUCAGUGACGGGUCUCCUCUGGGGAUCUGCUGCCCGCCUGGCUUGUACAGUCUGUGUAAAUAUCAUCAUGCCGUGGCUGGGGCGUCCACGGCAAAACUUUCCACCUCAGCCGGUGUCUCUCCUUCUCUCUCUAUAUCUUCUUGACUUGUUGUAAAAGCCGAAAACACAGCUUCUGAACUGGACUUCGGCGGAAGAUCGCGUCUCUAUUCGGAAAAGUUCGAGCUUUUGUUCAAUGAAACAAGUGUCCUGUAUUGGCCUCCUGCGGGCUCUGAGCAUGCUGAUGUUAAAA